CGUCACCAUCGGGGCAGCCAGAGGAGCUCAGUUUGUUGUUUGUUGUUUUGCUCGGAAGUGUUGCGAGCUGAGCUCUGCCCGUCUCUACGUUGAAUUCAAAACCUGCAAUCCAGUCGACAGCUUUUAAGAAAGAUAUUUAGAAAGAUAUUGUAUCGUGGUUAUUAUCAUUUUCAUCUGCAUCGAGCGAAAAAGAGCCCGGAAACAUGAAAUGGAUGUUCAAAGAGGAUCACUCCUUGGAACAUCGAUGCAUAGAGUCAGCCAAAAUCCGAAACAAGUACCCUGACCGGGUCCCGGUGAUUGUGGAGAAAGUGUCUGGAUCACAGAUAGUGGACAUCGACAAGAGGAAGUACCUGGUCCCCUCUGACAUCACAGUGGCUCAGUUCAUGUGGAUCAUCAGGAAACGCAUCCAGCUGCCCUCAGAGAAGGCCAUCUUCCUGUUUGUGGACAAGACAGUGCCGCAGUCCAGCAUCACGAUGGGGCAGCUGUACGAGAAAGAGAAGGACGAGGACGGCUUUUUAUACGUGGCUUACAGUGGGGAGAACACCUUUGGCUUUUAAAAAAGCAAGAAAACCACGAUCUGGACCGGCCUCACCUGCUCGACACCCCCCACCCCCACAUCUAAUCACAGCCCUCUCGGCCCCUGGAGGAACGGCGGGGAAACCCCAUUGAGAUUGAGAGACAUGAACGUAUCAGAAAGACGGACGACUGCUUUACCUGACGGGAUAAACAUAUAUGAGCGCACUGGUGUGUUUGUUCUGGCCCAUGUUGCACCAGUUCUUUAAAGAGUCAUAGAUUCAGUUGUGUAUAGUGUGUUACAUUUUAAUUAUUUGUGUUAUCUUGUUGUGAUUUGAGUGUUUGUAGGAGGAACUUUGAUUUUUUUUUUCUCUCACAUUUUAAAUAAUACGCGUGAAUGAAUUUUGCUUUAGUUAUGCUUCCUCUUUAAAGGCAAUAUUUAAAAAUAUCUUUUAAUUUAAAUAUUUGAAAUUAAAUUAGGAUGACCUAAACAAUAAAAUAUUCAAAUGGAA